AUGAGCCAUCAUCAUGAUUCGGGAUCUGUUCGAUCUUACAAGAUAUUUAUGAGUAAUGGGUUCGCCUAUCAUGAUGAAAAGGAAUUUGAGAACAAAUUUACAUUCCAAGUUUUUGCUGGUAAAGGUCUUGAAAAUUUUGUUCAACAAGUAAAUGAGUACAAACCAGAUGGUCUCUACUUUGUUGGAUGGAAAUCUCAGUUCAAACUGUCAAAUGAUGGUUUUUUCUCAAAGCUUACAAAAGAAGCAAAAGAUAACUUGAAAAUCAUUGCUAAUCAUGGUGUUGGGUAUGAUAAUGUAGAUGUUAAAUCGGCUCUCACAACAAAGGAUAAACCAAUAAUUGUCACUCAUACUCCUGAUGUUGUUUCGGAUGCAACUGCAGACACUGCCAUAAUUCUCAUGUUAAAUGCAUCUCGAAAAACAAGAGUAUUUGAAGAAAAUCUUAGACAAUUAAAGUGGAAAUCUGGAUAUGAAACACUCAUGGGCCAUGAUUUGAAAGGAAAAACAUUAGGAAUUAUUGGUAUGGGAAGUAUUGGAACUAAAACUGCCUUAAGGGCACUUUCAUUUGGAAUGAGAAUUUUGUAUCACCAAAGAAAUCAAAAAAAGGAUGUUGAAGAAAAACUGAAACAAGUUGGUCAACUCGUGUCAGAGGUGGGCAGAUAUUACCACAGUCAACCUAUAAUUGAAUAUUGUCAAAGCAUGGAUGACCUUUUGAAACAGAGCGAUAUCAUUUCAAUUCACACACCUCUUACUGAAUCUACUCGUCACCUGAUCACCAAAAAACAGUUUGACAUGAUGAAAAAGAAUUGCAUAAUUAUUAACACUGCAAGAGGAGCAGUCAUUCAUGAACAAGAUCUUGUACAAGCUCUCAAAUCGAAUACCAUUGCUGGUUGUGGAUUAGACGUUUUUGAAUUCGAGCCCACUAUUACACAAGAACUCUUAGAAUUGGCUUCCAACAAUCCUUGUAUUUCAUUGUUGCCUCAUAUUGGUACACAAACGGAUGAAACCAGACUUGACAUGGAACAAUUAUGUAUUGAGAAUUUAAGGCGAGUGCUUGUUGAAAACAAAGAUCCUGUGUCACCUGUACCUGAACAUAAGUAUUUAUUUAGCAGUCAAUAA